GCCACAUCGCCUCAACUAGACUACUGUGUGUGCCAUCAUACUCAUACGUGAUGUCGAAGAGCUUUUAAAGAGGGCUGCCACAGGUUAUCGCACACCACCAAAAUUUGACGCUCUUGUCUGGAUCCGAGCGGUAUGCAAUAGUACGAGUACUCGUACAGUACUUGUAGUUCUCUUUAAGAACGCCUCGGCACUACAAGUUCCGCUACCAUUUUCUGGCAGAAUCUCGAUCACCUCGGGUGGUGUAAAAUUAUGAGGCUGAAAACCGUGGCUGUGCUUGUGGUGCCCCGGGGGAGCCGUCCUCGGACGAGACAGGAUGAGGCAGUGAACCAGCCAGCAAAAUAAUUUACCGGUAAUCCCGGCCCUUUACGAAGGCAUCUCCCCUGGCACAUUGUACGGGAAUCGUAGAGUGCACAUCUCCAAAGAGUUGUUCGUGGCGCCGCCUACCCUCCCUUUCCUUGGUUUCACGGAUCUGAGUUUCGAUAUGCGCCAUUUUAUCUUCAGCAAUUUUUCUGGCCACGUGAAUACAAAUUAUACAAUACAUAAGUCCUUUGGCUCCUUCUAAUGACUAGCUUGGAUAGACAUCUAUAAUCUAUGGCAGCAGACAGGCGGACAGCUAAUUUGGCUCAAUCGUUUCACGGAAAACUCUCAUCACCAGUUCCUACCUUGGCUUGCCGAAAGCUCUGAAGAGGGGAGGAAAAGCAUAUAAGGCAAAACUCUGUAGCCCUCUCCAAUAGCGGCCUUUCCAUAUCUCCCUGGCACUGAGCUUGGUAGUGGAGUGGCUUGAUGAGAGGAAUCGGAGCGAUCGAGCACGGGCACCAUAGGAGUCUAUUUUGGGAGGAUAUGCUAAAACAGAGGGCAAAAUCGCAGAGCUGUUAGGCGUGCUGUUUCCGGAAAGGAGUGCUUUCUGUGCAGGGGCGGCAUUAUGUUGGUCGCAUGGGGAAUUUCCAGAGAGGCUAGAAGGUUUUGUGGAGUAGACUACUGAUACCGUGAGGUAGAGAGAGUUCUCGUAGGGCCUAAGUACUGAUAAUUUACAACCUGGCUACCAGCUACCUCGUGGACAGUCUUGUCCCUUGCUGAUGUCACCUCGUUCGAAAAGCAUCGAACCUACGCUUACGUGCGCCGAUAAUAUUGGCACUGCAAUCGUGGACGGAGAAGCUGGCACCAGCUCUCUGGACCCCCGCCCUGUACUCGUACAUCACAGCAACCUGAGUGCAGCUGCGGUCACUAUCUGGAUCAAAGUUGGUUGUAUUGCCACAUCCGGGUUUUCUCGGAGCUCCAAAGAGCUUCGUUUGAGGUUUCGGUUGGAUCGUUUCAACUCAUCGAUACUUCUCCUGCUCCUCUGCGAUUCCAACCUACUUCCCAAUUUUUCUUUCCGGUGCGUCCAUUCCCGGAAACGGAUCGUCACCUAGGGGCAUCUCGGCAAACAGCUAUGUAUAGUUUGAUACACGAGGUAUUAUUGUCGUUGGGUAAGGGAAACAGCCCUGUGGUAUAGCCACUAUGCGGUCGAGUGGUCUCCCUGGAGAGGAUUGGGGCAGAUCAGAGGGAAGGACGGGGGGAUUGAGGUUAUCACCUGAAGAAAUGCUAGAGUAUGCACACAUCGUGGUGGGAGAGGAAAAUAUUUGCCAAACACCUGUUCGUCUCAUGAUUUUGCUAUCACUUGACACUUGUCAGCUCUAUAAGCUUUUUUCUGCACGGUACGCGUACGGUGCACUGUUCGUUGGUCUCUUAGAGAUCGUAAAUUCAGGGAGGGUACUACAUAGUAGCGAACAUAUAGAGUACUCAGAAGGAAUGAAAAACCGAGUCCAUGAAUACUAAUACCAAGUAUCAUAUCUGAUACAGAGCCUUCCA